UCCAGACUAACCGUGUUCUUCCUGGGAAGUACGUAAGCAGCUGGAGUUGAUCACGUAACAGCGCAGCCUGCUGCUGCAGAACAGUACGCUGAAAUCCUCACUUGGGAAGACAUCCCGUCUUCCUUUUCGUUCCUCUUUCUUCAUUGUAUUUGCCUAAACGGAUACGAGGGUGCAAUGGAUGGCAGAGGUUACGGUUCUAGUUACUCCAGCUGGGGAAGUGGAGGUUCAGGCAACAGAGGUUCUGGUGGCUUUGAAUCAUAUGGUGGAGGCUAUAAGGACUCCAUGUCUGGCUCUGGAAGCUUUGGAGGAGGCAGCCACAUGAAACGAGGGAUCUCCGGUGGAUCUCCGCUUUCAUCUGGAGGCACACACGCGGAUGCAGUUAUUGCCAAGAUUAACCAUCGCCUGGACAUGCUCAGUCAGUUCGAAGGAGGAUUUAAGGGGCCCAGAGGAGACGGGUUUGACCAGUACGAGUCCUUCGACUCGCGCACAUCUGCCCUCCCCUCCCGAGAUCUCUACAGAUCUGGUGGCAGUAGCUUUGGUUUUGGGGAUGUCCGUGGAGACGGCAUGCUGUUGAAUCAGCAAGGAGGCUCGAGCUUCGGAGGGGGAAUGGGGCUGGGGGGAGCAGGAGGAGGCUUUGACAGCCCUUCCUCUGGCUAUGGUGUCGCCAAAAUGCGACAGAAUAUGAGGGAGUCCUUCGCCAGUGGCCAAGGAGGAGGUUCUGGAGGUGGAGGAUGGGUUGGAGCAAACCGACGUUCCCCCAGAAGGGGUGGAAGUGCUGGGGGUCGAGGAGGCUUUGGAGGCCGCAGGUCUGACCCCACUCCAUUAGGUGGAGGUUUGCGGGGAAGUGGCAGCGGUGUUCAGUCCCAUGGCGGCUACUCUCCAGGAGGUGGUAGAGGAAAGCUCCCAUCCCUCCUGUCCAACCGCAUGUACCCUGAGAGCGGGGGCUUCCAGGGUUCUGCUGCAGGGCCUCACGACUUUCCUGGGAGGCAUUUUGGAGGGGGCCCAAGGGCUGGCCGCCAACGAGGCCGCAAGAGACCCCUCAACAAAGCGAAACCGCAGGGCGACUUUCAGAAGAAGAGAAAGACUCCGGCAGAAGGCGAUGAGCCCGAGUCCAAGAUGAACAAGAAAGAGGUUGAGGGGACGGAAACGACACAAGCAGAAGAACCAGAUAAAGCCGAUGACAAAGCAGAGACGGAAACUGAUGGCACACAGCCCACUGAUGGAGGAGAUGCAGCUGCUCCCAAACAAGAUGAAAUGACAAAGCCUCAUGGAAAACAGAGCCAAGCCCAAGCUCCGGAGAAGCAGCCCAAAUCCAGGAAGAGGAGAGGAUUCCUGGAGAGGGUGAUGUUUGCAUGUUCCGUUUGCAAAUUUCGCUCCUUCUACAAAGCCGAUAUGGAAGUUCAUCUUGAGAGCCGCUUUCACAAGGAGCACUUCAAGUUCCUCUCCAGCCAGCUGUCCAAGCCCACCACAGACUUCUUACAGGAGUACCUGAAAAACAAGUUUAAGAAAACAGAUGAGCGGGUCAGCCAGAUGGAAAACCACAGCGCUGCUAUCUGCCAGAUGUACAGAGAGCAGGACUUGACCAGGGAAUUGGGCAUGGAGCACUUCAUGAGGAAGGUGGAGGCAGCUCACUGCUCCGCGUGUGACGUCUUCAUUCCCAUGCAGCCCCACCUGAUCCAGAAACACAUGAAGUCUCAUGACCACAACUACAACCGGAAGGGAAUGAUGGAACAGUCCAAGCGAGGUUGUCUGUCGGUUGCUCGGAGCAUUCUUAACCACAAACUGAUCGGCAAGAAGCUGGAGAGUUACCUCAAGGGGGAAAACCCGUUUGUUGGUAACCAGGACGAGCAGGAUCCAGAGGACGGGAUGGCGAACGAAGCGGCGGAGGUGACCAGUGAGGCAGCAGCCGGUCAGGCAGAGGUCAAAGAUGAAGCUGUGCCUGAGGUAGAGACUGUCAAAGAAGAGAUGGAGGAGGUGGAGGUGGAACCAGCUACAGCUGCAGUAAAAGAAGAACCAGAAGAAGAGGAGGGGAACAUGGAGCAGGAGAACGCAGAAAUGGAGGGUUUUGAAGUGGGAGAGGAUGAAGACGAGGGAUACAUCGUACACAAUGAGUUUGAGGAAGGGGGGUUCCAGGAUCCCGGCGAGGAGGACGAGGGGGCCAACGUUGCCUAAGAAGAUAAAGUUCAUGAAUUACUUUUGCACCCUUUAUUUAAUGUGUAACUUUUUUCACCAGUAUUUUGCCUCUAUCAUCCUUUCCCCAAAACUACCCUACCGUCUGCAUCCGAGGGCCGGACAAAACCAGUAGCACAUCAGCAGUUAUUCUAGCGCCAUCUGCAGUUCAGAUUCAGCUUUGCAGAUGCAUGUAGGAGCAGCGUUUCAUCCAGCAGGAAUCUGUGUGCUGGUUCCAUCCUACCGAAGAGAUGCUGCACAUCUGCUUUCAAGAUGUUCGUCCACUAGAAAGAGGCCCAUCCAGUCUGCAUAAACACAUGCAAUAGAGCCUGCCAGGUCCUUCCUUUGGUUUUUGGGAAUAUUAAAUGUUUUGAACACUUAGUUUUAUUGCUGACAUUAAAAUUCAGGAAUGCAAAAAUGAAAGUAUUGUCAAACGUAUGACUUCCAAAAGUAUGCAUGACUUCCCACCAAUUUGAUGUAGAUAUUUAGGUAGACUCCUUUUUACAUUGGGCUUUUUGUCUUAAGUCUCUGUUCACUCUGUUCUUAACUGCAGUUGAAACGUUUGUGUUUGAAGACAUUUGUGAAUUCUGCUAAAGAUUUAACUGUCGCGCCUGAUUUCGGUGCCUUUUGUGAAGUGUUUGAGAUCUUUGGAAAUAUUUAAGUCAUCUGUAUGGUCUUAAGACAUCGCUUUCCUUCAGAGUUGAAACAGUGCCGCUGUGUUCAUUUGGAUGCAGUGAUGUUUAUUGAUAUGCCCCCAAGCAUCACAAUAAAAGAUUUUAAAAAGAAGAAAAAA